GUGUGAACUUGGCCGUGGCCAUACACCUGCGAACAAAAAUGGCGGAUGCUAUUCGUGGUAGUGUCAUUUCGUAAGCAGUCGUAAGCAGUCGCAACGGUGGCUGGAUUCGAGUACGUUUCAGAACGUACACGAGGAGAGACCCUUUGCUUAAACUGACGUGAGCUUGUUUGUUAGUAUUUGUUUUACGCGCGCGCAUAUAUGCGUGUGUAUGCGUGCGCGUAUGUCACUGCGUAUGUAAGUGUAAGUACAGUGGAUCCGAAAGAAAUUUGUCCUAAUAAUUAAAAAGAACAAAUAUAAAGAGAUAUUUAAUCUUUGUUACUUUGACUUUUAACGAGAAGAUCAAGGGACGAUCGUUCAAACGUGUAUAUAAAUCUGGUUUUAACGGAAAGGAAUGAAAUAAUGGCGAAUUUGCGACAAACACCGCUAACAUGCAGCGGACAUACAAGACCCGUUGUGCAUCUUGCAUUUUCCGAUGUCACCGAAUCUGGAUAUUAUCUUAUUUCAGCGUGCAAAGAUGGCAAGCCAAUGUUACGACAGGGUGACACUGGAGAUUGGAUUGGUACAUUCGAAGGUCACAAAGGUGCAGUGUGGGGUGUUGCGUUGAACCCACAGGCUACAAGAGCAGCAACUGGUGCAGCAGACUUUAACGCUAAAGUUUGGGAUGCUAUCAAAGGAGAAGAAGUCUAUUCCUUCCAACACAAUCACAUUGUCAAAUCAGUUAACUUUAGCUCAGAUUCAAAUUACUUGUGCACCGGUUCUAAUGAGAAAUUAGUUCGCAUUUAUGAUCUGAAUCAACCAGAAGCAGCACCACAGAUUUUCUCAGGUCAUACGAGUGGUAUCAGGCAUGUUACUUUUUUCAAAGACAAUACCGCAUUGGUUUCUUGCGCUGAUGAUAAAACAUUAAGAGUUUGGGAUAGAAAUAGUGGUCAAGAAACAAAAAGGUUAGAUUUUCCUGCCAUACCUAAUUCUAUGGAAGUAUCUAAGGAUGGUAAUAUUAUCACAACCACUCACUCCAACAUUGUGACUUUCUGGGAUAGCAAAGAAUUAACUAAAAUACGUGACUUUACAGUGCCAACUCAAGCAAAUAGUGCCAGCUUGCAUCCCGAUUGUAGCAUUUUUGUAUGCGGCGGUGAAGAUUUAAAAAUGUAUAAAUUUGAUUAUAGCACAGGUGCAGAAAUAGAAUCAUUCAAAGGACAUUUUGGUCCUGUACAUUGUGUACGAUUUUCACCGGAUGGAGAACUUUAUGCCAGUGGCUCGGAGGAUGGGACUUUGAGAUUAUGGCAAACAACGGUCGGCAAAACUUAUGGUUUGUGGCGUUGCGUUGAACAGGCUCCCGCCAUACAAGAAAAUGCUACUGUCCUUAAUAACAAACAAGAAGUUCCUGCCAGCUAAAUGCAUUUUUCUAUUAUAAAACCCACGAUGAUGAUUAUGCGAAAUAAGAGUUAACGCGGGGAAAAAAGAAUCUCUUAUCCUGAAAAAUGUAUUGGAAAAUUAUAUUCAUCUGUGAAAUACCGUCAAAGUAUGUUUUUUAAGCAAUGCAUUUCUGAGAAGAUUUUGAGGAGACAUACCCUAGUGAGUUUUCGGUUUUUCGGGUGUUCUAAAAAAAGACUAAAUGAAAAGAAAUGGACCAAACUUUUAUAGUCUAGCGGGUAUCUACAAAAACAUAGGAGGCUAUUCAUUACUAUUUAUUAGGACAGGAAAACGCGAAGUAGAGUAACAUUUACAUUUGUUAUUGUCAUAUACAAGUAUAUCAUUAUUAUAUCACUAAAUAAAAUAGAAGUGUAAUGAGAAAAUCUAAAAAAACGAUUGAAAUACUUCGUUUCGUUUUGUUAUUUGGUAAUGCCAUCUGUACAGAAGAAUACAAUAAAUAAAUAAAUAAAUA